AUGAAGCGCACGCGGUUCGACAGCUCGGCAGAUGGCGCCUCUCGCGAAUCAGCUGGCCCUCUGCCCAAAAUCUCCCGAAAGAUUCGAGCCUGCCAAGAGUGUCAGGGCCGCAAGAUCAAGUGUGAUAUUGAAAACGGCCAGAAUCGGUGUGCCCGGUGCGCUCGCCUCGGCCUAGAAUGCAUCGUGAACAAGAGCCUGCAGACACUCCUAGAAGGCGAAAACGAAUGGAAGGAGUCGAUGGAACAGCAGGUCCGCAACCUUCAGGCGGCUCUGGCUGAUGUUCAGAGGCGCUUGAACAUGCCUCAAACUAUCCCUCACCAACUCUCAUUGGAUCAUGAAGGCACCCAGAUGCCAGCACAGAACCCGGGAUUGCCCACGCAUCUUGCAUCGCAGGUUAGCCCAGCUGGGACCUCGCCUUUACGACCAUCCGAUGUCACGGCCAUGACGAGAGAAAACUCGCCGGAAGCAGCGAUACACGAGGCUCAAGAACAGGCCAUUGGCAACGCUCCAAUGGCGAGUCUGUUUGAAGUUACCAAGCUCCGGAACAUUCGAAGUGAUCCUGGUGCUACGAUCCACCCGAAGGAGACCCUGGCCCCAGAACCCGACUUCAUCGCUCAGGGGAAAGUCAGCCUCAACGAAGCUGAAGCCCUCUUCUCCACUUUCUGUGGAACGCUCAAUGCAUACUUGUGGGGAGGAAUCGCUCUGGUUCACAAGACGCUAGCUGAGACACGCAACUCGUCGACACUUCUGACCGCAGCCAUUCUUGCGGUGACGGCGUUGCAUGCACAGGAUGGAGGCCUGGCCUUUGACAAGUGCUAUCCCAUUUUCCUCGAGCUGACCAGCCAGUCGGUGUUCAAACGCUACCACUCGCUGGACGAUAUUCGCGGUCUCUGUCUCGGGGCGUUCUGGCUCUCUGAUGUAAGCUGGAAGCUCUCGGGUCUAGCCGUUCGCAUCGCAACCGAGCUCAAGCUCCACAAGUUCUGUGCCAAGGCUCUCCAAGGGACAUCUCCUGAGCAUGUUGAAAAAGCUAGGCUCUGGUACUUCCUAUACGUUUGUGAUCACCACUUCAGCAUCGCAUAUGGACGACCGCCCGUCAUCCACGAUGAUGUCACAAUAACGAGCCAUGAGACCUUGCUACAACUUCCCGGUAUCACACAGGCGGACUUCCGUUUGCACAGCCAGGUUGGGGUGUUUAUCAUUCUCAGUCGUGUGUUCCACACCUUCGGCUCAGACCGGUCGAGACUUGUGGCCAACGACGAGUUUGCGGCGCUUCGGCGAUACGACGUAGACCUCGGUCAUUGGAGGGAUCAUUGGGAAAGUCGACUAGACCCUGAUCAUCACAUCUCGAAUUACCCAGCUAAAGGUGUGGUUCUCCAUUACCAUUUUGCACGACUACAACUAUUCUCCAUUUGCCUCCGCGGCCUGAGCCCCUCAUCUCAGUAUCUGGUAUCAUCUGAGCGAAGGACUUUUGUUAAUUUGGCAAUACAAAGCGCCUGUUCAGCUUUGGAGCUAAUCCUCGAUGACCCCGACAUGCGACGGUCGGUAAUUGGGGUGCCACUAUACCUGCUAACCACCAUUUCAUAUGCAUCCAUGUUCCUUAUGAAGGUGCAGCUGCACUGGAAGCAAGCCAACUUUGCUCUACGCGGCGAAGAAGUGAUUCUUCUGAUGGAAAGAACUGUCGUGUUGCUAGAUGAAACGCGUCAAUGUGUCCGUCACGUUGCCCACUACAUCGGGCGAGGACUCAACAACAUGCUGCAGAAAUUAAAGGAACGCGAGAUGCAAGAUGAACAAGCGACUCCGUCUAGCAACCCGGCGGCACCGAUCGCUUGGACGGAGACGCCGAGGGACGGGUGGCAAAGUACUGAUUGGAGUGGCUGGGUGUUUGACGGCGACAUGAUGGGACAGUUUGAUGGAAUUGACCAUAAUCCACUAAACAUGCUAGACCUCCUUCAUUCGCAGUUGCCAGAAUAG